CAGUUGAAAAAACAUGAUUGACGCAGACGAUAAAGAAGAAAUGGUUCUGAUGGCCCAAAAUGAACUGUCCAGGUUGAAUAGACAGUAUCGAAUAAUGGAAGGAGAUAAAACUGCCUUUUCCGAAGAAGCACACGUUAAACUGGCAAAACAGCGAAAAGUUAUUAAAACACUGGAAAAAGAACAACAAAACCUAUUGAUAAAUUUAAAAGUAGCGAACUCUAAAAUUCAUAAAAGGAAGGACUUGGAACUGACGCAGAAAUUAAACAACUUGCUGAAACAACAUCAGAAGCUUUCUCAGGAAAUUUUCUCGGAAAAAUCGCGACUGAAUGAGAUUAAUUCUCAAAUUAAAAAAAUUGAUAAAAAAGUGUUUGAAAUGAAAUCAAAGGAAAUAACGGACAUGCAAUGGCAAGAACAAAUUAACGAAGGGCAAAAGAUCAUUAAGAUUCUCGAAGACAAACUAAGCGUAGCCAUAAAACGGUACUGUUCAAUUUUAGCAGAAAAUCAGAAGCUCCGAGAGGACAUUGAUCACCUAUUGAAGGAAAGAACACGGUACAACUCAAUUUUAGAGAAAUUAUCAACCAAUCUUAAAAGUGGUAAAAAGUUCAUGGUAGACUUGUUGGAACAAGCGAUUCUGGCAUACGACCAAAGGGAAGAGUGGGGUACAAAGCUCCAUGAAUUACGUCACAGGCUACAAAUUGACAAUGCCAUCCACACCCAGGAAAUGAGAGAACUCCAAAGAAGACUGGACAGAGAUUCGAAAUUAAAGGAGUUUUUAACAAUAAAAGGGCAAAGGAGAGUUAUGAGGGACUUGGAAAAUAAAGAAGAUCGCAAAAAAGAGCAGGAGAACGAAGACCGAGAGAAGCAAUUUGAAUUAUACAACGAAAUUUUAGAGAAAAUACAGGAGUUUGUCGGUGAAAAAGAGGUGCACAAGCUCAUAAAAUGUUACGUGAAGCAGGAAGAAGAAAAUUUUGCUCUCUUUAAUUACGUUAAUGAACUCAACCAUGAACUGGAAACGUUAACUGAAAAUGUAUCGGAACUAAACAAAAAAUUAGCCAAUAAAGCGAUUUUUGCAAAUGACGAAGAGAACAGAGUCAACGAAGCCGAAGAAGAAUUGAAAGCGUUACUAAACGGCGUAAAAGAAUUGUUCGAUUUUCUCAAAUGCGAUAUUGCUCCUAUUCUAAAUCUUCUCGGAGAAAAUAACACCAUAGACGAUUGCAACGUUAUGCUCUUUGUGGGACUGUUGGACAAAAGGGUCGCCGAACUUACUAGAAUUUUGGUUUACAAAGAAACAAUGAUGGAAAGAAAAGCUAGAGCGGCACUUAACAUGUUGAAAAAAGAAAGAAUUCCAUUCUCGAACACUAAUUCACCACGUGAACUGUAGAUUUUGCAAAAAUACAAAAAAAAUAGAUACCUAUUUACUUCACAACA